AUGGGUUUUGGGCUUACCUGGCGCAAAUGGACAUCUGGUUACCUCUCUUCGGCCCAUUUCUCUGUUUUCAUCAAUGGCAAAGCCUAUGGCUAUUUUCACGCUUCCAGAGAUCUUUGUCAAGGAGAACCUUUCUUGCAUUUUCUAUUUACUUUGGUAAUCGAGGCCUUUAGCAAAAUGCUUCAAGGGCUGGUUGAUAGCGGUAUUGUCCAAGUCCUUCUUGCCUGGCCAAAUGGAAUCAUUCUCAGUCAUUUGCAGUAUGCUGAUGACACAUUGAUUUUGCUUAAAGGCAAGGAUGACAACAUCCAUAAGAUCUGGUUGUUUUUAAAGCUCUAUGAACUAAUCUCUAGAGCAAGGAUCAAUAUGGGUAAAUCCAAAGCACUGGCAGUAACUGCCUCUCGACAGAAUUGCGGACUAGGCUUCGUUGUUGGAUUGUGA